AUGCGUACUGCGUGGCGCUUGGGUGGUUGCGUCCAGAGGGGCGGCGGGUUGGCGCUCAUGAGGGCGGUUUACGAGUUCGACGCCUUGGCCUUUUCGCGCGACGCCGCCGCGGAGGAUGCGGUGCCGGUGAACUAUGUCAAGAAGCGGAAGGCGAAGAGCAAGGGCGCGGAGGCGGUUUUCGAUCCCGAGGCGCUAAAGGACUAUGUGACUGGCUUCAGGCGCCGUAAACAACAAAGGCGACAAGAGGCGAAAGAUGUGGCUGCCAGUAAGGAUUUGGAGGCUCGACGGGCGCUGCGUGCAGAGAAACGCCAACAUCUGAAAGAAAGGAUGGGAAUCGGGGCAGGGGAAGGAUGGGUGACUUCAUCAUCUGAGUCAGAAGAGGAUGACAACACAGAAGUAGUUGUGUACAACGUGGGUGACGCCACAACUACAGUAACAACUGCCCCUUUGAAGCUUCAUGAUGACAGCGACGGCGACUGUGACGACGAUGAAGACCCAAAAUCAGGCAAUCCUGAAGGCCAGAGGGUGAAUAGCGGGCUAGGUUCGAAUGAGACGCGAAAGGUGGGGGACAAGAGAGCUACUGGAGCCCUUCCACAACGCAGGAGAGGCGCAGGUGGGAAGAAAGCCCGGGCCGUGCGAAGGCGAAACUCCAAGAUGCCGACGAGGAGGUUUAAGACACGUAAACAUGAAGGGAAAAAGAAGCGCAGAUAA